AUGCGCCGUCAUCGUUCUUGCUGGUCACUGACGAGACUGAUCAGCCAAGCAAAUGAGACUGCAAAAGAUUUGAACACGACGCUGUCAUCUCCACCCAAGAUAAAUCCUGGUCUGGAUAGAUUAAUGUCAUUGUCAAGUGUUGUUAGCGAGGACGCGAUUGAGCUGGGUCCACCACCUAGCGGUCCUCCUGCGCUUACGAUCGGAAACUCAUUGAUGGGAGGAGGCAUCGAGCUGCAACCUGCAGCUACGAAUGUGAAUACUUACAACUUUGACUGGAAGCUGCACAGAAGUGCAUCAAGCAGUGGUGGACACGGGGCUACUAAGGGUGCCAGUCGUGGGUUACGAGCACAGCUGGAACGAACAUUGGCAGCGUCUCAGAAGGGAACAAACUAA